UUUUAAAGCCCUAGCUCUACACUUCCGUCGCACUGUUGCUUAACAUUUCGCUUUAUCUGCAAGCCACUCUUUGUCUCACUCUCUCAAAAUGGAAGGCUCCGUCGAAGAAACGGCAAAAGCAGUUUCCGAUUUAGCAAUGGAUUCCACAGCUCACGGUGAAACUCAGAGCAAAAAUGCCCGUAAGAAGGAGCUUAAAAAUAAGCAGAGGGAAGAGGAGCGUCGCCGAAAGGAGGAGGAAAAAUCCGCCAAACAGGCUGCAGCCAAGGUGAGCUCACAAAGUCAGAAACAUGCAGGAGCUGAUGAUGAAGAUAUGGAUCCAACGCAAUUCCAUGAGAAUAGGCUGAAAUUUCUUGCAGGCCAGAAGGCAGAGGGAAAAAAUCCAUAUCCUCAUAAGUUCUUCCCGUCGAUGUCUAUCAUUGAAUAUAUAGAUAAAUAUGGAAGCUUAGGUAACGGGGAACAUAUUGAGGAUGUCUCAGUAUCUUUGGCUGGGCGAAUUAUGAGCAAAAGAUCAUCCAGUUCAAAGCUGUUUUUCUACGACUUGCAUGGUGAUGGUGCCAAAGUCCAAGUUAUGACUGAUGCCAGCAAAUCAGGCUUGGAUGAAUCUGAAUUUGCAAAAUUCCAUUCCAGUGUGAAGCGUGGUGAUAUAGUCGGUGUUACUGGGUUUCCAGGAAAAACUAAGAGAGGGGAGCUGAGCAUCUUUCCGAAGUCAUUCGUAGUUUUAUCCCAUUGUCUCCAUAUGAUGCCAAGGCAAAAAGCAGGUCCUGAUGCCAAUGUGAAGAAAACUGAUGCAUGGGUCCCAGGAAGUACCAGGAAUCCUGAAACAUAUAUUUUGAAGGAUCAGGAAACUCGAUAUCGCCAACGCUAUCUUGAUUUGAUGUUAAACCUGGAGGUUCGUCAAAUAUUCAGGACCAGAUCUAAGAUAAUUUCUUAUAUAAGGAGCUUCCUUGACAGUCUUGAUUUCUUGGAGGUUGAAACUCCCAUGAUGAACAUGAUUGCUGGAGGUGCAGCUGCCCGUCCAUUUGUAACCCAUCACAACGAAUUAAACAUGAAGCUCUACAUGCGUAUUGCACCCGAGUUAUAUCUUAAGGAGCUAGUAGUUGGUGGACUGGAUCGUGUUUAUGAAAUUGGAAAACAAUUUAGAAAUGAAGGCAUUGAUUUAACUCACAAUCCUGAAUUCACUACCUGUGAGUUCUAUAUGGCUUUUGCAGACUAUAAUGACUUGAUGGAGCUCACUGAAAAAAUGUUGAGUGGGAUGGUCAAGGAACUUACAGGCAGCUAUAAAAUUAAAUAUCAUGCAAAUGGCCUUGAUAAUGAUCCAAUUGAGAUCGAUUUCACUCCACCUUUCAGGAGGCUUGACAUGGUAGAGGAGUUAGAGAAGAUGGCCAAUCUCAACAUACCCAAGGACUUUUCCAGUGAUGAAGCUAACAAGUAUCUGGCGGAUGCAUGUGCAAAGUUUGAGAUCAAAUGCCCUCCUCCUCAAACAACAGCACGUUUAUUGGAUAAAGUAUGUCUUUGGUGUUUCCCUUUGUCUCUUUGAAUGUUUUCAUGUGAA